AUGUGGAAGAAAGCCACAAAAAAUUCAUCCAGUAGUUUGAUGAAUGGCAUUUCAGACCAAGCAGGAGAGGAUAAAGACACAUGGCUUUGUAUCAAUGAAAAAUCAAAUACAUCAUCGGCAUGGAAAGAUUGUUUAUAUACUUAUACCGGCCAAGGAUACUGGUAUGGAUCAGAAACCGAGAAUGGAUGUUGUCGAUCGCAGGUCAACUGCACGGGAUAUGGUGAACGGGAGGAAAGCGAAGCCGUCAUAUGA